AUGCGGGAUACGAAGCUCAACAGCCUCAAGCUGACGGCCGCCUGGCACGUUCGUUUUGGAAGUCGUGACUUCGUGAUUCGUACAUAUGCUAGUCCGAGUCAUGUCGAGAUCUGCGAUAAGGCCUGCGAUAAGGCCUGCGAUAAGCAACGUAUUGAAACUCCGCGGGAUCUCCGUCACUCCGUCUCAGCCCAAACCUACAAACUCGUGCUUUACCAUGUCAACCACCAGGCUACCUUCUCGAGCUUGCGACAUGCUGCACCACCAGGGGUCUAUGUGAGCCUCGCGCCAGGCGACCCAACAUUGUGGAGUGGUGUCAUCUUUGUUCGCUCCGGUAUAUAUCAGUACAGACUGCAAGUGAUUACCUUGAUCCCACAGCUGACACUGGAGUUUGUUCUACUAGGACCCUACGCCUCGGCUAUUCUUCGUUUCCAAAUCCGCUUCCCAGACAUCUACCCGGACCUGCCACCUCUCGUGACGUUUGCAACCGAUGUAUUUCAUCCAUUGAUUGUGCCCCUGACUACAUACACAUUCAGUACCAACUCCGCAAGUGAUAAUACCGUCAGCGCGACGGACGAUGAACGGCUAUCCCCUGGCGGGUUUAGUCUCAGACAUGGAUUUCCCCACUGGUUUGGCAGGGACAGGCGGAGUGAUCUAGCGUCUGGAACUUCAUCAAGAAAUGUGAGCGGUAACAGUGCAGGCACUGCGACAAAUACGGAUGCCAAAUCGAGUCCCCCAUCAGCAGAGGAUGUUGGUCCAUCUGGCACCUCUGACGAGGUGGAUACCGAAGAAGUCACAGACAGUGAUGAGACUCCUCGCAUUGCCCAGAUCCCUUCAGAGUACCGGUUUGCGGAAGCGAGGAAAUCUGUACCUGUUGCUGAGCUUCUGGACUAUAUUCGCUCGACAUUCGACGAUGAAUCAGUCCUCGACUCCUUACCCGUCGAGGUCGCAGGCAAUCCGGGAGCAUGGCAUGCGUGGAAAGCACACCGCCGCGGAGGUGAUCGAUCUUGUGAAUGGAAAAAAGGAAGCCCGCAGGCUCGGCAACCUGGGGACUGGCAUUGGGAUGGAAUUUGGGCUCGGCGAGUACAGGAUGAGAUCGGAGCCAGUCUUUCUGACCCCAUGCUUUUUGGUGGUGCUACUCGUGGUGGUGGGGAUGAAAUGGUAAGUAUUGUCUGCUCCGCGUAG